GUCUACGCCCCUCCUGUAUCCAUCUCUUUUCGUCGCAUCUAAAUCAUAUGUAGUGUUUUGUUUCAACGGCUAGCGGUGGCGGUCGAACAGUCCCGAAUCUCUGACAUCGGCCCUUUUCUGCCCUAAAUACAGUUUCAUCUGGUAGAGAAUCAAAACAAGUGCAAAAUAUUACAGGGAUUUUAUUCAUUAGUUCAGUGAAACAAUAGGGUUGAAUUUCUAUAUUAUAAUAUUUUAAUUGUUACAUAGUGAUAAUGUAGGUACUCUGUUUAUCAGUAAUUGACAAAGUUCAUAGUGCCAGUAGGUACAUUAGUUAUAUUUGUGAUUGUGCAUACCAACUUAUUUUUAUACAAUAUUCUGUACCUAAUGUGAUUGAAAAAAGGAAAACAUGGCUACCUUACCACGAAUGAAUAGUUCUAAACAUGGUAAUAAUCCAAAUAUAUCAUCACCUUUCAGUACCAGCCCGCGAAAAUUACAAGAAAUGACAUUACCUAACCAAGAAGGACAUGAUGUUACAACUGCAAGUGGUAUAAGUAUGAAGCAGUAUGAAGAACAACUAAAUGGAUUGCGAAAAGAGAAUUUUCAACUUAAGUUGCGUAUAUAUUUUCUUGAGGAGAAAUUGGGAAAUGGUUCACCACCCGCUGUCCAGGGUCUAUUAGAACAUAAUGUGAGGCUUCAGGUGGAAGUAGAAGAAUUAAGAAGGCAGUUGAGUGAUAAACAAGAAUUAUUGGCGGCCGCCGCAGAAGCGAUUGACGUAUUAGAGAAUCAGGGAUCGAUUUCUACAGAAGCCGCGGAGGUUUCCAUGAACAACAGUAAUCUAAAAAAAGAAAAUGUAAUUCAGAAGGAUACAAAUGGACAUGAGAAGGCUGAUGAAACCAACCAGGAAUCUGAAUCAGCAAGAGAAAACUUAGCUGCAACAAAUGACGAAAUGGAUCAGCUUACAAGAUUAAGAAAAGAGAAUCGGAAAGCUUUACAAAUGAUAAAAGAAUGCAUGAAGAAGAUUCAACAACAAGACAAAGAAAUAAAAAAAUUGAAAUUGAAUAAGGAACUGACGUAUGCACAUGUGAGUGAUUCCCAAAUGGAGAAAUACGAGGAGAUAUUAAAAUGCAAAGACGAACACAUUAAAGAUUUGGAAAAUAAAGUAAGACAGCUACAAAGUACUGUUGAACAUGGACAAACAAUAGACCCCACUGGAAACUUGCAGCAGAUCCUUACUAAGCGACUUCAGGGAAUGGCUUAUUUUUUGGAUAAACUUUUGUCUCACAAAUGUGUCCUUGGAGAGGAAAAGAAAAAAUUAGCUGAAAGUAUUUUGGAACAAAGCCUUGCUCUUCCAGUUGGAUUAAAACUAGACGAAUCGAUGGCUCCUGAAGAUUUCACUAUGGACGAAAGCAACCUCGAUAUUUCUCAAUCUAUGAGGAUAGAAGAUUUGACCAUGAUGUUUGGCCAUCACUUAAAUUGCAAUGACGAAAAUCAUAGACAUUCCUCUAAAAAGAGAUCAUAUCCUCAGGCUGAUGCUAUUUCCGAGUCUGAGGAUUGGUCAGAGCCAGACAGAAACGUGUCGUUAGCGAGAGUUGGGCUAUGUAAUGCUGGAGUCGAAAGAGAAUCAGCAUCGGACAAUGUAAAGUAUCGGUCUCGAAGAUCACGCGUGUCUUUCGGUUCACGUACUGAAGACCGAAAAACAAACAAUUAUCAAGCAUUAUUAGAUCAAAUUAGUGACUUGACAGAAUAUAACCAAGAGUUGAAAGAUGAAAAUAGAGAACUCAGUGCAAAAUUAGAAACUGCAAUGAAACAAAUUGACGAUCUUGUGAGUGAAAAGGACGAAUUAAAAAUAUAUGUAGAAUCGGAGCAAUGUAAACUUGACAAUGCAAACAGAAAUGUGGAAGAGAUGAAACAAACAUUAUCACUUUUCGAAACCAAAAUAAAGGAUAAUGAGCAGCAGAUUGCAUAUAAUGUGCAAUUAGUAGAAAAGUUACGAUCAGAAAAACAAGAGCUUGAAGCUGCGUUUUUGGAAACUGAACGCUCUCUGCGUCGGGCCGCAGAUGAGGCCACAGUCCAAGCGUCACAGGCUGCCUUGGAACGAGCUCGAGCGCAUCACGACAGAUUGAGGGUGGAAAGAGAACUAGAGGAAACAAGAGAAAAACUCUCUGCCGCUUUAGAGGCUAACUCUAGAUUGGAAAUUGAAAUAACUCGAAAAAUACCAUUAGAGGCGGAUAAUAAAAUUGCUGAGUUUCAUGAUGCACUUAAUUCGGAGGAGGAGCGACCAACAUCCCCAGAUCAAGGUAUAGAUAGUGAUAGAUUGUCAAGUUUGGAACACAAUGAUGCAGUUAAUUUAUCUCCCCGUUCUCUAUAUGAAGAAAACGUUGUGUUGAAACAAAAACUUGCAAGGACUAAAGCGACCCUAGCAGAGACUUUAACACAAUUAAAUGCUGCCAAUAUGCGAAAAAGAAACGUGCAACGGGCUAUUUGUCGUGAAAUUCAUAAAACACAAGGUGUUCUCCGUAAGGCUCGUGAUCAUCUAGAACACCAUAAUUAAAAUUAAAUAAAGAGUAACAUACUCUAAUAGUUACCCAUUAUUUAUAAUGAUUCUGAGAUGAAAAGCCUAAUGAGUACCUCUUUGGACUAAUUUUUAAAUACGGAGGUAUUUUAAAAGUGGCGCAUUUUAAAUCCACCUACUGUAAAUAGUAAAAGAUUUUUUUGAACGAUGGUUGUUUUUAAUUUGUUUAAUCGGAAUUGAAUAUUGAUGAGCACAUGUCGCGAAGUUAUUUUUUUUUUAACUUUUUCACAAAAAUGAUAAAAAUUGGUAUCAUUCCAAAAUUUGGUACCUAGCUCUGUAAGAUGGUUUAAAUACAAAAGUAAUUCUAAUUUGGACACCGAAACUACAAAUUACGAUUUUGAUUAUUGAUAUAAAUAUUAUGUCACUCACAUAUUGUCCCUGGUUCGCGAUUAAUAACGUGUCUAUAGACGGCAUCGGUCUAAGUGGUUGUAAUAAUGUAUCUUAGUAUUAAACGUUAAUCAAGUUGUACUUAUUUAAUUGUAUUUUUUACGACAUUAACUUUUUUAAUAAAAUAUGAAAAAAUAAUAA